AUGGACACCGAUGCAGCCCUCGCAAGCCUGUUGACCGAGUAUGAAAUAGGCGUCAAGCAGAGACAAGACACCCGUACGUACGAGGACAAAGGGCUGGAGAAGGAUCGGCGUCGAACCCUAAAAUGCAUCGAUGAGGAAGCAGCCGAGGAGCUGUUACAGUUGGAAGAGGAACGGGACGGGCUCCUAAACCGAGUCACCGACUUUGAAAAGGAGCUUCUGGCUCUGUAUCAGGACCUAGCGGACCGAGAGAAGCAGUGUUCGGACUCACGAGAGGCUACAAAGGCGCGCAAAGGCAAAGAGACGGAGUUAUACGAGAUCAAACAGAUGCAACUACUACAGGAGAGAGCUGCCGAAGAUGACGUUCACCGAUCGGCUUUACUACAGGGCAUUCAGCCGUCGACUGUCGGGAACAACGAUCGCGGGCUCAUCAUUGUCGGAGCAGAGCGCGGACGCACAAUGAAAAGGAGCGCUGGGCCUGUCCGGCGUUAA